GUGUGUGUAAAAAUGAGCCACUUCUGUUAACAAGUAGACCUGUCAUGCUAAGCUAUCGUAUCAAACAGGUUGCCCGAAACCAACAAACAGAUAAAUGUUGUACCGUCUUAUUGCAAAGUUUGAGGACUCACUGUAGCUCAGGUUAAAACGCGAGGAUGUGAUUGCAUCAAAAAACUAAACUUGAAGAUGGAAGAGGAGAGCAUGCUGACAUCCUCUGCCUCGGCAUUUGACACCAAACCACACAGGAGCCAGAGCAAACAGGCUGACGGUCCUCUCACAGACACCUCACGUCCUCUGAUCUUACCAAAUCCAUUUGGCACAUAUCAAGACUCAAGAAGAUUUUCAAAUUCUAUUGUAAGGGACCGGGCAGACCUGAGUCCAAAACCUGAAGGAGAAGGAGAUCAUUCGAAGAGUCAUGGUUACAGUAGUCACCGUCCAGUAAGAGAAACCAACAAAAGCAGACCCUUUCAAGCUACGACUGUGAAAAGCCACAAUGAGUCUCAGGGCAGAAUCACUGGCAAGAACUCGGAUACUCCCAACAAAGGUUUCAGAAAUGUCAAGUCAGCCCCGACCGCUGCAAGGACAUCACCUGCACUAACACACUUUGUCCCUUUUGAGGUGAAAAUGGCCGACUUUCCCGAGUUAGCUGGUGAUGCACAGAUAAAAGUGUCUCAGAAAGAAAGUUGGGGUCCGAGUCUUCACACCGCAAGCCCCCAAACACAAGCUCCGACCACUACUUGGAAGGCUGGUGCGAGAGGGAGCACAAUACAAAAGGACUCCCUGCAAAAUUCCUCUGACGCUAAAGCCACUACCCUUGUAAACCCAGCAGCUCAGACGUCCUGGGCUAAUAUUGCAUCCCAGCCUCCAAAGAAACAGCCAGUUUUUACAGACAAGAUGAUCAAAAGCAAUGCCAUGCAGGCAGAGAAGAUGGGUCCUGCGGGAGAAGAUGGAGCCCAAGGAAAGAAAAAACGUAAGAAAAAGAAGAAAGCCAAAAGCGGUGCUGAAGCUGGGUCAGAAGACCCGAGGGUUCUUCGAGAGCCUCCAAAGUUUGAGGAUGAAGAGGAGUUCCCGGGUUUGGCGGUUUCUUUUCCUGGAGCUGAUGGGCUAAUAACCAGCAGUAAAACAAAGCUAUGCAGUGAGGUGGAGGAAAACCAAAGAGAAGGAGGGCAGCAUCAUUCCAGUGACCCGAACAAGGAAAAGUUACCUGCAGGGAAAACUCAGCCCACAGACUCGGCUAAUAGAGGACAGAAAGCCGAGAAGGUAUCUGGAAAAAAGAGCAAGGCACCUGUCCAGCUGGACAUCGGAAACAUGCUGGCAGUCCUGGAAAAGAAGCAACAAUCUCAAAGAUCCAAGCAGGACACCAAGCCGGUUAUUCUCUCAGUCGGUGGAGGACUGCCUGUUGUCCAGAAGCAGUCACCUGCACCAAAGAAGCCACACUGGCAGCAAGACAAAAUCGCUCACAACCCCCUGGAUUCGACCAGCCCUCUAGUCAAGAAGGGCAAGCAAAGAGAGGUGCCUAAAGCCAAGAAACCCACUCCUCUUAAAAAGGUCAUUUUGAAAGAAAGAGAAGAGAGAAAACAAAAGCGUUUAUUAGAGGAGAGAGGAGUUCUACCAGGAAGUGAGUCCAGCCCCUUUAGUGAUGUCACAGAAGAGCAGAACCAAGCAGACGCCACAGAUGACAUUGGCAGUCUUUCCCAAGAGUUUGAUGAUCAGCUGAAGAUGGUCGGUGCUGAUCCAGUUCCAGGAGAGGACGGGAACGAUGGAGCUAUUCAGGAAGAGCUCGGUCCACCCGAGCUCCACACAGACAGCCUUCCAAAAAUUCACAGCAGGAAGUUCAGAGACUACUGCAGCCAGAUGCUGAGUAAAGACCUGGACGAGUGCGUGACGUCUCUGCUGAAGGAGCUGGUCCGUUUCCAGGAUCGCCUUUACCAGAAGGAUCCGAUGAAGGCCCGGAUGAAGAGGAGAAUCGUCAUGGGCCUCCGAGAGGUCCUGAAGCACCUCAAACUCAGGAAGGUCAAAUGUGUCAUCAUCUCGCCAAACUGUGAGCGCAUCCAAUCUAAAGGUGGCCUGGACGAGGCGCUCCACACGAUUAUCAGCCUGUGUCGCGAGCAGGGCGUACCGUUUGUGUUUGCACUUUCCAGGAGAGCUUUGGGACGCUGCGUCAACAAGACCGUACCCGUCAGCCUGGUGGGCAUCUUCAACUAUGACGGAGCUCAGGACCACUAUCACAAGAUGAUCGAGUUGUCUUCGGAGGCCAGAACGGCCUACGAGGCGAAGCUGUCGGGCCUGGAGCAGAACGACCAGACGGAUGAGGACCUGGACGUGGAGAAUAACAAAGAACCAACUUCUGGGUCUGACGUCCAGCUUCCAGAGGAGCCGGAGUACAUAAAGUUCUGGAAGAAGAUGUUGGAGAAAGACAGCAGCCGCCCUUUGAACUCUGAGCAGCGGCUCGGCUACGUGCACCUGGACAGGUUAUGUACAGAAAACCCCGAAGAGGAAAGGUUCGGGUUGUUAAAACUGAUAAAGAUGAUUUAAAAGGUCUUUUUGAAUUUCAUAGUGUUUAGAUUUACAUGAAAUAACUUUAAUGAGACUAGCAAAAUGCACCUUUACCUGUUAAGACCCAGUACAAAUUCAAUACAUCCAUUUUUGUAAGCGGAGCGUGUGCACGCAGAUUUAAAAACAAUCAGAUUAGAAUCAGAGCUGCACGUGUUGUUUUCAAUCAUCGUUUAAUCAUUUCUACAUGUAGACCAUGUUGGUUUAUCUGGAUUUUCUAAACCACUCAUUCCUGCUGGGUUAGGGUUAGGCAGUAAUGUAUGUUUACUGAAAAUGCUCAAAACUGUGAAGCCAGUGUUCCACGGUGAUUUCCUCAUAUUGAGGGGAAGAAGGAAAAAUCCAAGACUAGUGUCCAUAACGAUGAUAACGAAGCGGAAAACGGUGAAAGCUCAAAGCAUGCCAAGAUGGCUGCUUUUUCACGUUAAAAGCUGUUUGUGAGGAGAAAUUUAUUUUUAUAGAAGAUUAAUGGAGUUAAUUUAUCAUAAACUGUUGGAGACGGAUCUAGACUUGUUUCUGUUGAGGUGAUUUUUGCAGUUUCACAGCAAGGAAGUAGUGUAGGAAAGCAAAAUGCUCAUUCACGCAUCCAUAGCCAAGCUAGGGCUGGGAAAUAAUGUCGCAGAAUGUUCAAAAAUACAUUUCUUUAAAGUUUUUGCACAAUUUAACGUCACAUUUUUGGUCAAAUCUCUCUUCUUUUUGCUGCUACUCUUUAAAAUCAGCUGUUUUAGAAGAAUCGUGUUAUAAAUGUAUGCUAACAAUGCAUUUAUGGUGAAAAAUGAUUCAUUUAAUUAUUUGAAAUAAAAGCUGUAUGUUUAAAA